CGCUUCUGUCUGGCAUGAUUUCUGCUCAGGCUUCAACAGAGACGGCCUCUCAGGACCCCCAGCUCCCGUUUCGGAUGCAUUGGGUCCAGCUGCAGUCCGAGGCUCCCACAGCAGAGCUGCGUCUCCUCCAUCAUGGCCGGUAAGAUCCAGACUCUGAGCGAAGAGGAGCGCGCUCACCUGCUGCCGCUGCUGCGAAACGCCCAGUGGGUGGAGACGGUCGGCCGAGACGCCAUCUACAAAGAAUUCAUCUUCAAAGACUUCAAUCAGGCCUUCGGGUUCAUGUCCAGAGUGGCUUUACAAGCGGAGAAGAUGGACCAUCAUCCCGAGUGGUUUAACGUUUACAACAAGGUCCAGAUCACGCUCAGCACCCACGACUGCGGUGGAUUGUCUCAGCGCGACAUCACUUUGGCCACCUUCAUCGACCAGGCCUCCCUGAUGUGAAGCUGCUUUAACUGAGAAACAAUCAGAUUUCAAACGCCAAAUGAAAGUAGAUUACUCUCAGUUCUCUGUGAAAAAGAAAAAUGUAGCCAUUUGGUUUGUUGUUGAAACUGAGAAAACAGAAUCAGGUUUAUGUUACGUCAGGAUUUGAGUAAUUCCAGCAAUCAUGAUCCAUUCCAGUUGGUGUUUCAGAAAAAACACUGAUUUCUUGUGCCUGUUGUUUUUUGUAUUAUGGUAAUAAAAUGUUAGGCUGCA